GAAGAGACAAGAGUCACUGAUUAACUCCAAUAGACUUUACACUCCAGCAUUUGUAAAGCAAUAGGAAUCUGUUUCACUCCUUGACAAGAGUUUAGUCUGGACCCAGACGAGAAACAAUGAGCGACACUUCAGAAGACGACAAUGAGGUCUCCUUUCAGCUAAAGUUUCUUGGCAGAGUUGAGGUGGUCCGCCCUGGUGGGUUACAGGUCCUGGAUGAAGCGAUUCAAAGCCUAAAGACUUCUGAUAAAAACAACCCAGAAAAGGUUGCAAAGAAGAGUAAAGUCCAUCUAUUCCUGUCAAUGAGUGGAGUAGACAUUUUGGAAAACAAAACCAAGUUUCUGCUGUACACAUGCCCUCUGUCCAGUGUUUCCUUCUGUGCUGUGAUCCCAUCCUCACCCAAAGUCUUUGGCUUUGUGGCUCAGCACCCUGCAACAGACAUGUACCACUGUUAUCUGUUCCAGAGCAGGAAGUUUUCUCAUGUGCUGGUGUCACUGAUCGGGGACGCCUUCAGAGCUUCAAAAAGUGAGACGAACACCAGAGGAGCACGGGACCUGAAAGUGGAAGCACUCAGACAUAAGAAUAAAAUGCUUCAGAGAGAGAAUGAGGAGCUGAGGAGGAGGCUUGCAGCUCAGACUGAUGCUUAAUGUAAAAUAAGCUGUAGCACUUGAAACCAUGUACAUGCACCAAAAAUAUGUGACACAUGAAACUUGUUUGCAAAUCAUUUUCUCUGUUUUUGAUUUGAAUUUAAGGUGGUUUUCAGGAAAUCCUCAAACAGAGUUAAGGGCCACAGUUGAAGAAAAUAAAAAUUGGAAAUCAGGACAUAAAUAAAGGUUAAGUUGAUGAGGAAAAGGGAAUUAUGAUUUUUUUUUUUUAUGUCUUUUGUUUUCAUUGUAGCCAACAUAUUGUGUCUUUAAUGUUGAGUCCAUUUUAGUCUGGCUCCUUGACAGUGGAGAAUUUCAUUCUACUCUCUUUCUUGAGAAUUACCCUGGUGCAUUCAAAUGCUACUUAUAGUGUUGGAAACAUUUUGUGAUUUUUGUCCAUGCUUGAUGAACCAAUAAAGGUUGGAAAUUUUA